CUUCACUUAAUUUUCAUAUUUUUCAUUAUUAAUGGAUACCGAAAAAUCUAAGAAAUUUAUUGAGGAUAACUUCCAGUCAAUGUUCCUUGAUCCUAUCUCUGAGUUCAUCAAGGUUCCAAACCUGACACCAUCAUUUGACCCAGAAUUUCAGACAAAUGGGCUUAUUGAGCAAGCUAUUGAUAAUGUUAAAGGAUAUGCAGAGUCCAUGGAUAUUCCUGGAUUGAAGUUCCACGUUCAUAAUGAAGAAGGCAGAGCUCCAAUGGCUCUCAUUGAGAUUCCAGGCAAUGGAAAAAAGAAUAUAAUGGUUUAUGGACAUCUUGACAAGCAACCACACAUGGAAGGAUGGACUGAAGGUACAGGGCCAACUACUCCUACUAUUAUUGGCGACAAACUCUAUGGAAGAGGAUCUACUGAUGAUGGAUAUGUCUCAUUCGCAACCUUGACAGCUGUUAAAAAUAUCCUUGAUCAAGGUCAGGAAAUCCCCAGAAUUGUUCUUGUUCUUGAAGCUGAAGAGGAAAGUGGAAGUAAAGAUCUUGUUUAUCUUUUGGAAAAGUGUAAAGACAUCAUCAAAACUCCAGAUGUGUGCCUUUGUUGUGACUCUGGAGCUCUUGAUUACAAAACAUUAUGGCUAACUUCUUCUCUCAGAGGAAGUAUGGGAAUGAAUGUAAAGGUCAGCAUUGCUAAAGAUGCCUUCCAUAGCGGUAUUUGUGGAGGUGCCAUGCCUGAAACAUUCAGAAUCGCUAAUAAUCUUCUUGAUAGACUUGAAGACCCCAUUACCAAAAGAAUGGAGAAAUUUGAAGUAGAGAUUGAAGAUAGAUUCAAAGAGGAAGCCAAAAAUAUUGUUGGAUUAGUUGGAACAGAUCUUUAUAAAGAUUUUAAACUUCUUGAAGGAUGCAGACCUAUCCAUCAUGACAAUCUUGAGGAGAUGUACCUCAACAUUAAUUGGAGACCAGCCUUAGCUGUUUGUGGAGCUGAUGGGCUACCUACUCUUUCUAAAGCUGGAAAUGUCGUCAGAGCUUCAACAUCUUUGAGACUGAAAAUCAGACUCCCUCCUUCACUUGAUGCUAAAGAGAUGUGUGACGAAGUCGUUAAAACUUUAUCUGAAGAUGUCCCAUUCGGAGCAAAAAUUGAAUUUGACGAUGUCUCUAGUGGAAGUGGAUGGGUUAUGAAAGACCUUAAAGAAGAAACUAGCAAAGCAAUCCAUGAAUCCUCCGAAGAAUUUUAUGAGAAAAAGGCAGGCCUUUAUGGGAUUGGUGGAUCAAUCCCAUUCCUUAAAACUUUAGAAGGGAUUUAUCCAGAAACAGAAAUUCUUGCAAUGGGAGUUGGUGGAAAUGACUGUAAUAUUCAUGCUCCGGAUGAGACUUUGGAUAUCCCAUACAUGAAGAAAUUUAUUCCAACCCUCUCUCACAUCCUAGCGAAGAUGGCUUAGGAAUAUUUAUUUCUAUUUGACUUAUUCAAUUCUUGA